AUGGAGGAAAGGCUUUCCAAGCCGUCGAAAGCUGACAUCUCCAAGAGGGCUCGAGGAAGCGCGCCGUCCCGCAAAACCUUGCCACGCAUCAAUCUGCCUCAAUUCAGCGGCAAGUUCGAGGAUUGGCCAAGCUUCCGGGACCUGUUCUGCUCCAUCAUCCUCGGGGAUCCAUCCUUGACUAAGAUCGAGCAGCUGCACUAUCUCAGGACGAGUGUCAAGGGCGACGCGGAGCAGCUCAUCCGGAACCUACCUUCCACGAAAGACAACCUGGAACAGGCGUGGGACAUGCUGACGACUUACUUUGAGAACAAGCGCCUCCUCGUGCGUUCCUACCUGACGGCCUUCACCUCGCUGCCGCGGAUGAAGACUCCCUUGGCCGACGGAAUCCGUCGGAUCUUUCACGGUGUACUCACCACAGUCGGCGCGCUGAAGGGCAUUGGACGUCCGAUAAGCGACUGCACCGAUCUCUUUGUGCACCUGGUCGUCGAGCUGUUGGACGCCGAAACUCGACGCGAGUGGGAGAGUUCGCUCGGCAAGUCUGCUGAGCCGCCGUCGUACGACAUGCUCCGGGAGUUUCUGCAGGAACAGCUGAUGACCUUGGAGGUCCUCCAGUCCACCAGGCCCGGACCAUCAAGCAAGCCCUUGGAGAAGUCCAACCGCGCCGCUCGCACGAGCCACGUGGGGAGCAAGGGAUCAGACCCGAGCCGCAGCUGUCCGCUCUGCAAAAAGGAUCACUUCAUCGCGUACUGUGAGCUGUACAAGAGAAAGACAGUGGCUGAAAAAAAGAAGGCAAUCAAUGCUCACCAACGGUGCUGGAACUGCCUGGGUCGGCAUCUCCUUGCUGAUUGCACGUCCUCCAAGGUGUGCAUGAAGUGCUCUGGCAAGCACCAUUCGUCUCUUCACGACGCCUUCACCGCUGUGGCUCUGCCUGCUGCCGGACCAUCUUUCGCGGUGACGACCCACGUCGCCAGGCGACCGCCGGUGGAAUGUCGAUCAGCACUUCUGGCAAUCGCGUGCGUGCUGGUGGCUGAUCGCGCGGGCACUCGCCACGACGUCCGCGUCCUGAUUGACCCGGGUUCGGAGACAUUACUGAUCGCGGAAUCUCUGGCACAACGCCUUCGCCUGCCGCGGACUUCUUCCUCAGUGGCCAUCUUCGGAGUAGAUGGCAUCCAGUCAGGCGUCUCUCGAGGGCAAACAGCGGUCACCAUCUUCUCGCGCGACGGGCACUUCGCGCUCGCCGCAUCGCCACUCGUGCUGCCGCGCCUAACCGUGUACGGUGGCAUUCCUGAGGGAGAAGCUCGAUCAUGGCCGCACCUUGAUGACCUCGACCUCGCUGACCCUGAAUUCCACCGCCAGGAUCCCGUGGAAUUGCUGCUCGGUGCGGACGUCUACCUGGAUCUUGCCAUACCGGAGGGUCUUCGUAGAGGAGGACCACAGGAACCAGGAGCGCUGCUGACGCGCUUCGGAUGGAUGCUGUUGGGCGCCGUCGGGGCCUGCCACAUCACAAACCCUGUGUCGUCGUUGCAAUGCAUCACAGUGGAGGACCUUGCCGAGCUGGUGCGUCGUUUUUGGGAAACGGAGGAGCCCCCCCGUGCCGUCCUUCCGCUGACCGCUGACGAGCAGGAGUGCGAGAACUACUUCUUGCGCACUCAUCGACGACUAGCAGACGGCCGCUAUCAGGUGCGGCUCCCGCUGCGAUCGAGGCUGCCGGACCUAAGCUCCACCCGUCGCACCGCGUCACGUCUCCUCGACGUCAUGAGGCGUCGCUUUGACCGCGACGACAACUUCGGGGUGCUGUAUCGCGACUUCAUGCGCGAGUACAUCACCUUUGGGCACAUGACGCUCGCUGCCUCCACUGUGGCUUCACCAGGUGACCGGAUCAACUUCUUGCCGCAUCAUGGGGUGCUGCGGACUUUGACUGCCGGCUCCAAGAUCCGCGUCGUCUUCAACGGAUCAGCUCGCACGGGCGCCGGGGCGUCUCUCAACGGUGUGCUGCACGCUGGGCCUAACUUGCUGUUGUCUCUCGCUGAUGUCCUGACUCGAUGGCGGCGGCACCGGUACGUCUUCAUCGCCGAUGUCCAGAUGGUGUACCGGCAAAUCCAACUUCAUCCGGACGAUCGAGACUUGCAGCGGAUCCUAUGGGCAGAGGACAACGAGGUGAGAGAGUACCGGCUGAAUACUGUCACGUAUGGCUUGGCGAGCGCACUAUACCUCGCCAUACGAGUGCUACGGCAGCUUGCGUCGGACGAAGCCAACCGCUUUCCGCUCGGUGUCGAUGUACUGCAGCACGACGUGUAUGUGGACGACAUACUUACCGGAGCUGCUGACUUGGACGUUGCUCGCUGCCUCCUGGGACAGGUGACCUCGCUCUGCAUGGCGGGCGGCUUUCCGUUGAAGAAGUGGGCCUCCAACGACAACCGCCUCCUGGAGAUCAUCCCGGUCGAGCAUCAGCUAGGCACGACGACCGGCGCGAGGCUACCUGCAGACGAGCACUCGGUGCUGGGUCUCCGCUGGAAUCGCGAGGAGGACACCUUCUCGCUGUCUGUCCAACUGACUCCAUCGGCCCCACCUACCAAGCGGACCGUGCUGGCGCAGACCGCUCGCCUGUUCGACCCGCUGAGCUGGCUAGCAUCGAUCCUCGUGCGUACAAAGUUGCUGAUCCAGUCGGCGUGGCUGCAGCAGCUCGAGUGGGACGCACCGCUCUUACGCGAAGACACCGCCGCAUGGACAGCCCUCGAGGAGGAAUUGCCGUCACUGAAGGAGAUCCGACUGCCACGUUGGCUACAUAGCAACACUCCACACAGCUCCGUGGCGCUCCACGGCUUCUCGGAUGCUUCCGAACGAGCUUAUGCUGCUGUGGUCUACAGCAGAGUGGAGGAUGGCGGACUGCCCCGCAUCAACCUGGUGGUCGCCAAGAGAAGGGUGGCCCCGUUGAAACGUGUGUCGCUGCCGCGACUAGAACUCUGCGGAGCGGCUCUGCUGUCAAAACUAGCAAAGCAUGUGCGGCUCUCCUUGGGUCUGGAAAGGUCGGCCGUCACUCUCUGGACGGAUUCCACGGUGACGCUUGGCUAG